AUGCUUAAGCUGGCAUCCUUUUCUGUGUUGGCCUUUAUUAUCCUGAACGUGCAAGGAUCAUUGGCCAACUCUCAGGACAAUCGGAACUCCGUUCGACUUCCGCAGGAUGCUCCCAUUCAUUGUGGAGAUUUCUGCCUUGCCAAACUCCAGCCGAUGAUGGAUUUGAUACUCGCGAUGAAUUCCAAAUUGGAAACGAUCCACAGCGAGCAGCAGUCCAUCAAGAUGCAACUCCUGGCCGUUCAGUCGACGGUGAAGGCCCAGCGGAAUUCCUUGAAGGACAUCACCACGAAGGAAGAGUUCGGAGCGACCCUCAGCGAGACGAAGGAAAAACUUAUGACCGAUUUGAAAAACCUUCUGCAGUAUAUACUGGCGAAUCUGAAGGACCAGCAGAAACCUCUUCUGGACUCCCUGCAAAGGACAUUCACAAAAGACGACUUGGAGAUGAGACUGAAUGUGACGGAAGAUCAACUUUUGGCCUCGAACUCCGAACUUAAGACCGAACUAAAGGAAAUGCGCACAGAUUUAAGAGAUCAGGAGAUAUCGAUGAAAACCAAACUGGAUGCCCAACUUUUAGAGAUUCAGGAAAAGCUGGAAGGCUUUAUGGCGAUAAAUUCCGAUAAGAUAACCCUAUUUCCAUGGCUCUUCCCCGAUGUUUCCGGCUAUUUGGCGCCUUUCAAAACCCAAGAGGAACGGUACUGGACUGUCAUCAAGAAGGAACAUGGCAAAGGCUUCCGGGAAGCCUGCUGCCGUUUUUAA